AUGUCUUCCAUCCCACUCGAGGAUCUCAACGAACCUUUCUUGGAACCAGGGCCCGAGGGCUCUACUGGCGAUGGGCAUGGGCCUGAUUUCAAGUACUUGGCAACGCUUCCACCUAACCAGAAGUAUGUGACCCAGUUCAAUGGACAGCAGGUCUAUAUCGACUCUGUGGAUUGGCGUGAUAGCAAAUUGAUGAAGUUUCAAGUGGUGGUGGCGCUUCUGACGUUUAUCUUGUUCGGUCUUGGUGACCAGACCAUCGGUACGAUUAUCCCGAAACUCCAGGAACAGUACCAUAUCGGUGAUUUGCAAACAUCUUUUAUAUUUUUGUCUUCGACAGCUGGGUACUUUAUCCUGGCGCUUACUUGUGAGUUCUUCCAGAGAAGCUUUGGCGUUAGAGGCGUGGGUAUCAUUGGUACCGGCUGCUUGGCUUUGGCUUUCUUCAUCAUCAGCACUCAUCCGCCAUUCUGGCUUUUCAUUGUGUGCUAUAUGAUUAACGGUAUUGGUCUUGGAAGUUUGGAUGCUAGUGUCAACGGCUGGGUCGGUGGUAUCGCUGACUCAAACCAGAUUCUUGGAAUUGUCCAUGGCUGCUACGGCUUGGGAUGCAUGAUAUCUCCCCCAUUGAUCACAAAACUUAUGGAAAGAAAGCAUAACCCAUGGAACUGGAACCAUUACUAUGUCGUGCUUAGCAUUUACGGUGUUAUCAAUUUGGUCUGCUUUACUUUCUCCUUCCGCCAUGAAACCGCUGCAAAGCACAAGUUCAAUGUCAUUCUCAAGGAGCAGAAAAGAAGUCUUGCUGAUAAAGAUCCAGAGUUUGAGAUCGGUUCGGGUGACGAAUCUGUCGAGGACACCGUUAACGAAGGAACUGAUGUCUCGUUCACCGAUGCUCUCAAAUCUAAGCUUGUCUGGGUGUUUGCCAUCUGCUUGUUCAUCUACGUCGGUGGUGAAGUGGCAUUUGGUGCUUGGUUGAUGACCUUCUUGAUCAGAAUCAAGAAACUCAGCUACAAUUAUUCCUCUUGGAUGGCCACCACUUUCUGGUUGGGUCUUACGGUGGGCAGAAUAGCGCUUGGGUUCGUUACCGCUCACGUAUUCAACACGGAACUCAUGGCAAAUCUUGCGUAUAUUGUGGCUUCUCUGGCAGGCUACUUGAUCUUCUGUCUUUUUGCAUUUUCAAAAGCCAACUGGAUCUUAUUUCCAAUCGUUUUCAUCACAGGCCUCUUUGUGGGUCCUAUUUUCCCCACUACCAUCGUUGCCUCUAUUGAGAUCUUGCCCACAAGGUACCAUGCAACCAGUGUGGGCUUCAUUUGUGCCUUUGGUGGAGGUGGAGCUGCCGCUCUUCCUUUCCUCGUGGGCUUUGUCGCUGAUCACAGCAAGCUAGGAAUGAAAGCACACCCUUUCAUCGUGUUUGCAUUAUACCUUAUCUUAUUGGUGUUGUGGGCUGGAAUUUGUAAGCGUUAUGCUGGUCAUAAGCGGAGGGGUGUACUUUAA